CACCAAAUUGUUGCGAAGAGUUGGAAGAAAGAGAGGGAAAUAAGUGGAGAUCUAUAUCUAGGAGCGCCUCCGAUUUGUAUAGCAUAUGGCAAUGCCAACUGUAACCUUUGUUAACGUUUUUAUCACAGCAACCAAAAUUAGGAUGGAAGAGCGUUGCUCUGUCAAUAGCCCACGACGGAUUCUGAGCUUCUCCAAGACCCGGGCGGCCAACGUCUCCUUCUCCGACGCCGACCACCGGUCCCAGACCGAAUUAGGCGUCUCCGGUGAGCACGGCCCCAAGCUUUCUGAGGUUUAUGGAUUCGUCGGAUCCAUCACCACCGUUGUUUUUACAGUCAUAUUCAUCGUGUGGGCGUAUGUUCCUGACCAUUGGUUGCAUUCUAUUGGGAUCUAUUACUAUCCAAGCAGGUAUUGGGCUUUGGCGGUGCCAACUUACGUGAUGGUGACGAUUGUGCUGGCCAUCACAUUUUAUAUUGGCAUGAAUUUUAUGGCAACUCCUCCUCCUACCUCCUUAAAUAUAAUGUUUGAUGAAUUUAGUAGGGAAAUGGUGAGCAAUGUUCCUUUAGUAGAUGAUGACGAGCAGCCAAUUGAGCCUAUAUCUGACAUAGGCAUUAACAGAAUUAACAAAAUCAUGUUCGACAGCUUCAAAUGAAGGUGUUUGAUUUGAGGAGAUCAUUCUACAUGUAUCUAAAGUUAGAUUGUAGGACUUUCUCAUUUUUCCAGUUACCUCGUAGAGUUUAUGAAACAAAAUUAGACCAAGUGAUUUGUGGUGAAUGAAUGUUAUUAAAGCUAUCUAUGUCUUUACCAUGUACUUAUAGUAAUUAUUAACAAGGGAGUGUUGAAUUAUGGAGCUGAA